GGCGGCGGCGGCGGCGGCGGCGGCGGCGGCGGCGGCGGUCCUCUGAAGGCACCAUGAGCUGCAUCAACCUGCCCACCGUGCUGCCCGGCUCCCCCAGCAAGACCCGGGGGCAGAUCCAGGUGAUUCUCGGACCCAUGUUCUCAGGAAAAAGUACUGAGCUGAUGAGACGGGUCCGUCGCUUCCAGAUUGCCCAGUACAAGUGCCUGGUGAUCAAAUAUGCCAAGGACACGCGUUACAGCAGCAACUUCUCCACGCAUGACCGGAACACCAUGGAGGCCCUGCCAGCCUGCGUGCUCCGGGAUGUGGCCCAGGAGGCCCUGGGCGUGGCUGUUAUAGGCAUCGACGAAGGGCAGUUUUUCCCUGACAUCGUGGAGUUCAGCGAGACCAUGGCCAAUGCCGGGAAGACCGUCAUUGUGGCUGCACUGGAUGGGACCUUCCAGAGGAAGGCUUUCGGGACCAUCCUGAACCUGGUGCCCCUGGCCGAGAGUGUGGUGAAGCUGACGGCGGUGUGCAUGGAGUGCUUCCGAGAGGCCGCCUACACCAAGAGGCUGGGCGUGGAGAAAGAGGUCGAGGUGAUAGGAGGAGCAGACAAGUACCACUCUGUGUGCCGCCUCUGCUACUUCAAGAAGGCCUCGGGUCAGCCUGCCGGGCUGGACAGCAAAGAGAAUAAAGAGAACUGCCCAGUGCUGGGAAAGCCCGGGGAGGCCACAGGAGCCAGGAAGCUAUUCGCUCCUCAUCAGAUCCUGCAGUGCAGCCCGGCCAACUGAGGCACAGGCCCCACACCCAGGACGGGCGCUGACCGGCCACCUGCUCCUGUGCCUGCUGCUGCCCCCUGGCGGACGCCUGCCCCCUGCGUGCUGCCCGGCCUUCUCAGAGGAGGAAGUGGG